AUGUCCAGCACUUCCGGAGGAACGCCAUCUACAGGCACCCUACCAUCAUACAUCACCAAGCCAACUUGCGGUGGAAUCACCACUGUUGGUCCCAACGAGUAUGAAAUCUACACCGGAGGAAAACCCGAUGACACACGAUCCGGCCUAGACUCCUCUGCACCAACUGAACGAGUUUAUCCAGGACAAACUCGUCCAAUCUCUGGAUAUCGAUCCAUGAAGUCGCAGACCUACCGUACGACAUUCGAAGGAACCACCAAGAUAUCCAAGACUUCGCAACAAACCAAAUUGAAACGAGAUCUUCAUCAGCAUUUUGUUGAAAACGGACUAGACUCCAUCACUUACCUUCCUGAUGCGAACGGAGCCACCACAUCAGUCAUUCUCUCGGCCGACUCCUUCUCUCAAGAGACUGCCCUAGCUGCAUACAAGACAAUGCUCCCAAAAUACGACAAAUACUGCAUCGCCAACGACAAGGACGCAGCCAAGUAUCUUCUCAAUGCCGUUGACGAUGAUCUCAAGGACACCAUCGAACUCUUUCACACCGAAUCCGACGGGUUUAUUGCUGUGUGGUUUUCUCUCUUGGCCAACAUCACUGACAACAACAUUGAUCGCAAGAAAAGCUUGGAGGACGAAAUCAAGUCCAUCACCGUCUCUCAGUUUCCGCAACAGAACCUCAAGUCGAUGGUAGCCAAACUCAAACCCAUCUGUGAUGAACUUGACGCAAUGGAAUCCUACGAACCCGACAACAGUAUCCAUAUGCUAGACAACUUCUCCUAUGCAGGCAGUGGCACUGAUCCAUCCAAUCCUCACACCAUGAGAUUCCGAUCAAAGAUCAUCACACUUCGAGACAAGCUCGACGAUGCCAUCACAACUUGUCGCAACAUGUCCAAAGCAACAAGGGACACUCACCUAAAAGGCCAAGGACUUCACUACACCCAACUUCUCAAGACCAUCUCCGACAUCUACGUCAAGCUCGAGCACAACAAGACCUGGCCUCCAUCCAUGACACCUCUAGAUUCUCGAACACCCGCAGCCCUCAACAUGGCAGCUCUCAAGGACAGCCUAUCACCUUCCGUGGCCGCGCAAUUCGAAGCCUACAUUCUCCAACAAAGCAAAGGACGUCAGCCACCUGAUGAAGACAAGAAAUCGACGAAUCCAAAGCACGUACCUCCUACUCCAUCCAUGACUCCCACGGAGACCAUCGAAGGUAUCAAACACUACGUUCAAGACAUCAAAGGAGUCAAGAACAACUGGUGUGGUCGAUGCCGCCGUUGGACCCCUACUCAUUGGACCUGGAUGCACGGUCGCAAACCUGACGACAAACCCACUCCAGUUACACCUGCUUCAACCGAAUCCCAUCUACUGAUCAACAAACAAGACAGCAGUGGGUCAGAUGACGACACGUCUCUUGAAACAAACCUUGCCUCCUCAGGAUUCAAGUACGUCUUCUACCAUAUGGAACUUCCCCGGCCAACACCUGCCAAAAUUUCGGAAAGGAUCUCCUCGCCAGAGAUCCUCGAUGAGGCACCAUCUUCCAGCAUCAUGGACAAGUCUUACCUCUGGUCCUACCUUUGGUAUACGUUCCAGGUUGCCAUUCUUGGAUUCAGCCUAUUCGGUGCAUUGUUGUGUACCACGACAACCAUUGACGCUCUACCCGGUCUCAGUGCCCUAUCAGCCUUCUUCCAGGACAUCCCGCGCCUUGUUGAUACCUACACAUUUACUUGGCAUGCCAUCGCACCACUUCUUUGGUACCUCAUCUACAGCCUCCUCUUCAUUGGACCCGAUCGCUUUGCCGCUCCUACUCCGGUUCCUCGACACAUCCGUCGCCAGAUUCAGCGGCACCUAUUCCGUGAAUCGCGUCGCAAGCCUCGUGGCAUCCAGAAGCCUUCCUUCCGACACCCUCGCUACCAACCUUCCCGUGCCGAUUGCAUCCGCCGCUUUCAUGCUACCACUACCUUCUUUCCUUCCUCCUUUCAUACCGUUUCAGAGGGAGAAAACGGUGAGAUUCCAGUGUAUCGCCGACACAUCCAUGUCAGCUACACUCGACCUCAAGCUCGAACAAGACCUACCAAAUUCAGCUUGCGCAGCAAGUGGAAAUCCCCAAUGGAACGCAAACUUCGUCAAUGGAUGCUGGACUACUCCUUUCGCUCCUACCACAAGAAGCGCAUCCAGAAGCUCCGCCAACGAGCAAAACAACAUGAGAAGCUCCGCCAACGAGCAAAACAACAUGAGAAAGCCAUGAAAGAGACAAGAAAAGAGCAAGCAAAUGCCGAAUCGAUCCGACUUCAACAACUUCGAAGCCAACGUACCUCGGAACUACUUCUUCAGGGAUCUCUUGAUCCAAUCCUACCACCUUUCGACGUUUGGGACACAGACUCUUGGGACAACUACACGACACCUCCGGAUGAUUAUUGUGUUGAAUCUUCAACAUGCCAGGAAUGCAGCCUCUCUGACGACGAAUCUACCAAUUACAGCACCAACAGCUCUACAUCUCAUGCUUCAACCUCAGAUGAGACAACUGCCAACCCUCCAUCUAUCAUCCAUCUAUAUCCUGUCAUGAUCGGCAGUUCCGUCGCAGAAUACGCCAACGACCAUCUGUUCCUCACUGAUCACUGUGCCAAAGACCUCGAACCAGCAUUCCCAGUCAUUUGGGAUUCUGGAGCUUCCGUGUGUGUAUCUCCACACCUUGAUGACUUUGUAGGCCCUCUCGGCCCACCACCAUGUUCAUCCACCAAGGGUGUGGGAGGCCCAGUCGAAGUAAAGGGAACAGGAAAUGUCAAGUGGACUUUCAGGACCACGGACAACUCCUUCAGAACCAUUAUCCUCCCUGCCGUCCACAUUCCUACAGCAACGCAACGAUUAUUGAGUACAAGUUCCCUGUGUCAAAAAUACCCCAACGAGACACUUACCCAAAAUGCCGACGGCAUGAUCCUAUCUGGAGAAGUACCAAUCACUCGAGCCGUCCAAGCAAGCAUCGACAACAGCAACAACCUUCCUACCUCUUGGUCCUUCCGACAUGUCACCAAGCCCAUCAACGACAACACUACCAGCGACGAUGCUACCGUCUGCGCCAACAACAUCUCCUCCGAUCAAUCUUCUCCAACACCUACUGAUUGUUGCUUGAAACGCUCGUCUUCCACUCGGCCAAGCCACCAUGCCACCAUGCAGGCCGCCAUCUCAGAAGUGUGCAAUCACAACAUCAAUCUCAAUAAUGGUGAUCGGGAAUGGCUCAAAUGGCACCAACGUCUUGGACACCGCAGCUUCGCUCUCAUCCGCUACAUCAUGGGUGCUGGCACUCUUGCAAAAAGCCAACGAGCUCGAGCACUCCACACUCAAGUUUCAAAACGAGUCGAAUGUCCCAAAUGUGCAGCCUGUUGCUAUGCCAAGGCCAAACGAAGAUCACCUCCCAAACUACGUCGUUCCCAAGGACACAUCAAGGAUAUUCCCAGCACUCUUCGAGACAACACCUUAUAUCCUGGACAAGAAGUAUCCGUGGACCACCUUGUAUCAUCAGUUCCUGGACGCACCUAUGAGGGUUUCGGCAAAGGUCACAAGUCCACAAUGUUCAAAGGGUCAGCUCUAUUUGUCGACAAUGCAACCGGAUACACCUACACUCACCAUCAAAGGUCCCUCAACACCCAUGAUACUCUCCGCGGCAAGGAAGCAUUUGAGGCUAAUUGUCGUGAUCUUGGUGUAGUGGUACAACGAUAUCGAAGUGAUAAUGCUGCCGUAUUUCACAGUCAUGAAUACAAACUUCAUCUCGAAUCCUUCUCGCAGACUCAAAAAUAUGCUGGGGUUGGUCAACAUCACGCAAACGGCAUCGUCGAAAAGUCCAUUCAGGACAUCCAAUCAACCGCACGAACCAUGCUGGUACAUCUUGCUAUCCAUUGGCCAGAACAAGCUGAUCUUGCAUUAUGGCCAAUGGCAAUCGAUCACGCCGUCUUUCUGCACAAUCACCUUCCUGACCAGACUACUGGACUGUCCCCAAUGGAUAAAUUCUCCCGCCAACGAUGGCCACAUUCCAAAUAUCAUGACAUCCAUGUCUUUGGCUGCCCCACCUACGUCCUGGACAAGAAACUUGCAGAUGGUAAGACAAUUCCAAAAUUCAAGCCACGCUCCGAACGCCAUGUUUACCUUGGUUUCAGCCCAUUUCAUGCAAGCACAGUCCCCUUGGUACUCAAUCCAAGAACUGGGUCCAUCACACCUCAAUUCAACUGCGUUUUCGAUGACUGGUUUGCAACCAUUGCUACCAGCAUCGAAGAAAUUCCUACAUUCCUUGAGGAGCAUUGGCAGACCCUCUUCACCGACUCCGAAUAUCAGUUCCCAGCCGACGACACAGACCCUCCAGCUCUUGCCACCAUACCUGUUCAACCGCCUCCGCCCCCUGCAUCUCCUCUGGAUACUUUUGAUUCUGCCUCCAGCCCCUACAUCACUGGCCUUCCAGACCUAUUCGAACCUCGCAGCCCGCCUUCUACUUCCAAUAUUCCUUCUGUUCCGACCUCCCAAUCUUCGCUUGAGAGGGAGAGAGUGCCUGUUGCCCCCAUGCAAGCAACUCCUCCAUUAAAUUCGACGACCGAUUCCUCGAAUCAGAGGGAGCCAGAGCUUCCAUCUCAACAACAGAGGGAGCAACAAGCUCCAUUGCCUCGCCCUACACCAAGAAAUAAACCAAACGUCAGAAGCCAACCACCUCUACCUCGCGAACGACCAAUUGAAGACUUACCUUCCACCCAUCAAUUCAGUCCCAACUUACGUCGCAGCACCAGAUCAACCAAAGGUGUUUCGGCCCCCAUUCUUGAUCCAGAUCCGUCCCAAAAAUCCUACUCAAGCAAGGUCGAAUACUCCUCCCAUCUCAGCGAACUCGACCAAUCCAUCAAUCCUGACUUCAACGACGUCGAAAAUCUACACUCAUUUCCCAAAGACACACCAUUUCUGACGGCUGAAGAGUUAGUAUUGACACCCAAACACGAGUCAUACAAGCGAUUCUCAACUCAACCAGACACUGACGAUGGAGGAAUUGCCGGUUUCUACGAUCUGCACUUCUCUUACCUUGGAUACAAACUGGAAGACAAACCCAACUUUGUCUUCAUGGACAGCCGAGCUCCAGCUGAUGUCAUUGAAUUCCUCAAGGCUGCCUCAAGCGAUCCCGACAUCUUAACCUGGGAUGAAGCAAUGAAGCAUCCAGAAGAAGCUGAACAAUGGCGCAAGGCAGCGUUGAAAGAAAUUCGAGCCCUCGAACACAAACGCACAUGGCUUGAAGCACCUGAGUCCAAUGCAACUGUUCGUGUUAUUCCAGGAACUUGGGUAUUUCGCCGAAAGCGACUGCCAGACGGAACCAUUACUAAAUUCAAGGCUAGAUGGGUACUACGAGGCGACCUACAAGACCUAGACAUGGACACCAGAGCCGACGUCGUUGCUUGGUCUUCCGUACGAAUAUUCAUGGUACUAAGUCUGAAGCUAGGUUGGGUGAUGAAAUCAAUUGACUUCACAAAUGCAUUCCUACACGCCCCAUUGCCAAAAGAGCUACCUAUGUUUGCUCAUCUACCUCGAGGAUUCUAUUCAAACAUGCGAAGCAUCACUGGAGAACGAACAGUACUGAAUCUACAAAAAUCUUGUUAUGGAACUACCGUGGCCCCUCGAUUAUGGUUCGAACACGUCAUGAAAGCCUUCAAGGAACUUGGAUUCGAAAGUUCACCCUACGACAAGUGCUUUCUCAUUCGUAAAGACAUGAUGAUCGUGGUAUAUGUGGAUGAUUGUGGUAUCAGUUGUGAUAAGCCUGAGAAAAUUGAUGAAUUGGUCCAGCAACUACGCGACAAAGGCUUCGAUCUUGAAAUUGAGGGCGACUUUGAAACCUUCCUUGGAGUCGAAAUCGAAAAGCUAGAUGACGGGCGCUUCCACCUCAAACAAACAGGACUCAUUGCCAAGGUUUUAGAGGCUGCAGGUCUCAGUGACUGCAAUGACAACCAUGUCCCAGCAGGUCCCACACCUCUUGGCAAGGACGAAACCGGUGAAGACUGGCCCCAACAUCCUUGGAAAUACAGCUCCAUUAUUGGCAUGCUUAUCUACCUUUGUACAAAUACCAGGCCUGACAUCAGCUACGCAGUUUCAUGUGCCGCGCGCUUCAAUGCUAAACCCAAGGCUUGUCAUGCCACCGCCGUAAAAACCAUUCUUCGCUACCUCAAAAAGACAUCCGACAAAGGGUUGAUUAUUGAAUUUGAUGGAACAUUGGAUUUGGAGGCAUACUGCGAUGCUGAUUUUGCUGGACUCCACAAAUCUGAAGACUCCUUUGAUCCUGCUAGCGCCAAGUCCCGAGGCGGAUACAUCAUCUUCUUUGGAGGCGUUCCUCUACUCUGGAAAAGCUCCCUUUUGUCAUGUAUCACACUGAGCACUCUGGAAGCCGAAUACAUGCAACUAUCUCGCACCAUGACCGUCCUCCUUGGAAUCAAGAAUACUCUUGAGGAUCUUCUUCCUCCUCUUGGACUACAAACAUCCAACCGCUCGAUCACCUCUACCGUCUUUGAAGACAAUGCUGGAGCUCUCCUUCUGGCAACUGAACAGCGCAUCACUCCUCGUACCCGCCAGCUCCUUGCAAAAUGGCACCACUUCUGGUCCUGGAUUCGCAAACCUUCUGACGGACCCCCUCGCGAUGCCAACAGUACUUGGGAUGAUGGAAAAAUCACAGCGAAGAAAAUUUCAACUGAACUACAACGCGCCGACAUGUUCACCAAAGGCCUAACUCGAGUCCUUUUUGAACGAAACCGCAAAAUGAUUUGUGGUUGGUAA